UUGUCAUUCGCUGUGCAAGCUUACCGAUGUGCACAUGCACUAUUUCUCUCUGUUCAAUUGACCAAAUUCCGUAUUCGAAGUAAGCAAAGGAACUUGGAACAUCUCGAAGAAGCUGCCGCUGGAGAAAAUAAUCGUAGCAACCAUUUGCUUUGUUCUUUGCAUCCGUUGGAAUUUGGUUAUCUUCUGUAGAGUGUCAGGGUAACUAUUGAAACCGGUAAAAACUAAGCCCAAAAGCGUCAUCAUGAUGGUAUCUUCGGCAGCUCGUGUGACCGCAGUUUCACGGAACUUGAUGCUUUAUGCAGCCAAUGCGAACAUUCGCCCAAUAUGCAGCACCAUUUGGAUGCCAAACCAUCCGCUUCCUGGUCAGAAGAAAGCUCCCGCUUCUCUUUUGCCACAGGUUCGCUCGUUUCAAUCUUCUACGGUGUGUCGUGAUAUUGAUUCUGCAGCCAAGUUUAUUGGAGCUGGUGCUGCCACUGUAGGAGUUGCUGGAUCAGGGGCAGGAAUCGGGACAGUAUUUGGAUCGCUGAUUGUAGGAUAUGCACGGAACCCGUCACUAAAGCAGCAACUGUUCUCCUACGCCAUCCUGGGGUUCGCCCUCUCCGAAGCCAUGGGCCUGUUCUGCCUUAUGAUGGCUUUCCUACUGUUGUUUGCUUUCUAAUUUAGGUUUUGCAUCUUAUUAUCUUAUUUAGUCUCGUGAUGCAGCACACUUACCAUAGAAACUAACCUCUCCGAAAGCGAAAUGCGUACCUAGGGAACACUUCAUCUUUCUCUUGGAGGCGUGUGAGCUUUCUGUUGGUAUUAUGCAUAGCGAAUGCAUCAUAAUCAGGGCUAAGAACAUACACUCGUUAGAAUCAAUUUCGAUGAAAUAAAAUAAACCAUAGCACGGGGAAAAGUA